AUGUCUGUAGGUUCGUCUUCUAAACGCCGUUUUUCUCCUCAUUUAGCUGGCCUUCUGUCUUCCGAAAAAGGAUCCUGUUCUUCUGUUGGUAACGAUACUUUACUUUUGCCUUCUUACGAUGAUAUCGGCGAUUGCACCUUUGUUUGUAGAUUUUGUAGUGCUUUUUUCUGGUUUGAUGAAAGGGUUAUGUAUUUGUCACGUCCAGAUUGCCCUGCCUAUACGCGGUGUUGUAAAUCUGGUUCUGUUGUUUUACCAUAUCCACUUCUACCUCCUAAAUUGUUGCUUGCUCUAUUUGAUUUUCGCCCUUUCAUCAAAAACAUAAGGGCUUAUAAUAGUAUGUUUAGCAUGACGUCUUUUGGAGGUAAGGUGGAUGACACUGUUAAUAGGGCGGAUGGUCCAUAUGUAUUCAAAGUUUCUGGUCAGGUUUGUCAUUGGAUUGGUGCUUUUGAUGUUGUUGAUGAAAAAGGACCAAAGUUUUUGCAAUUGUAUAUUGUUGAUACAGACCAUGAAUUGCAUAAUAGGCUCUCUGCUUUUCCAAAAAAUGAAAAUGGCUGUUUAGAUUCAACAAUAGUUGAGGCUCUUAUGGAUCUUUUUACAGCUCAUAAUGAAUAUGUUAGAACUUUUAAAUGUGCAAAAGAUAUUGCUGCUGAAAGAAACUUACCUGAAUAUGCAGUUCGUCUUUUUAAUGAUGUUCCUAAUCGUCUGUAUGGCCCUCCGGCCCCUGGUAGUUUGGGUUGUAUUGUCGUUGGUGAAGACGCAGUUGGCAGUACAUAUGAUAUAGUUGUGCAUUCAAAAAGUGGUCCUCCACGUAGGAUUAGUAAACUUCAUCCUAGCUACAUGCCAUUGCAGUAUCCUGUUUUGUUUCCCUAUGGUAAGGAUGGUUGGUCCCCAAGGUUGAAGCUUUUAAAUGAGCAAUAUUUAGUUGACGCAUAUGCAUGUAUUGAACUUUCGCGGCUUGAUUUUUAUGAACAAAAUCAAAAUCACCUAAGAUCAGCAUAUGUUAGUGGUAUUUACGAUGCCAUAUCACGUGGUGAUACUGAUGGUAGAAGUAUUGGUAAGCGUGUUAUUUUACCACCAUCUUUCGUCGGUGGUCCAAGGUACAUGGACAUGCAUCGCCAGUUUGAUGUUCCGAGCAGGGCAGACAUAAUCUCACGUGUUUUCCAUAUGAAAGUUAUUGCCUUUAUUAGUUAUUUGAAAUCUGACAAGACGUUCGGUCCUGUUUCAGCACAUCUAUAUACUAUUGAAUUCCAGAAAAGGGGUUUACCGCAUUGUCAUGUGCUCAUAUGGAUAGCAGAUUCCCACAAGAUAAAGGAACCAUCUGCCAUUGAUGCUUACAUUACAACUGAAUUACCUGACCCUAUUUUGGAGCCAUUAUUAUAUCAGACAGUUAUAAGAUGCCUUGUACAUGGACCGUGUGGUUUGCUAAAUACUAAGUCCUCAUGUAUGAAGGAUGGUAAGUGUAAGAAAAGAUUCCCAAAAAAUUUCCGUAACGAUACAGUUUUUGACAAGGAUGGUUAUGCACAUUAUAAAAGGCGAUCUGGUGAGGUCCAUAGGUUAGAAACAGGUGUAGAAAUAGACAACAGGUUUGUUAUUCAGAGAGAUGUGCACACUUCUGGAUCUUCUGUUUCAGUAGAACCUCCUGUCAUUGAUGAGAUUAAGAACUAUAUCGAUGGUCGUUUCCUCUGCCCUCAUGAAGCCGCGUGGCGUAUACUUGAUUUUCCGAUUCAUGACCGAGAUCCGUCAAUUGUCAUACUGCCUAUACAUUUGCCAAAUAUGCAAUCUGUGUUGUUUAAAGAAAACAUUAGUAUUAACCAGGUUGUUGACGAUCCCAACUUUGGAAGCAGUUUGUUGUUAGGUUGGUUUGAUAACAAUAAGUGGGAUAGAACUGGUCAUAAUCUUACAUAUAGCUCAUAUCCUACUAAGUACUGGUGGGACAAACAGGCAAAAGCUUGGAAGAGAAGGAAACGUUGUAAUUCUCAUGCAUUAGGUAGACUUAUCUUUGUUCAUCCAUCUGCUGGAGAAUUAUUUUACUUAAGAAUGUUGCUUUGUCAUCAAAAAGAUUGUAGGUCUUAUGAAGAAGUUCGUACUGUCUCUGGCACUGUGUACUCUGAUUUUCGAGCUACCUGUGAUUCGUUAGGUCUAAUAGGGGAAGAUCGAGAGUGGAUGGACGCUUUUACUGAGGCUUCUGAAUGGGCUACAUCGUCUCAGCUUCGUUCUUUAUUUUGUUAUCUGCUCCUUUUAUGUGAUGUUAACGAUCCUAUGUGUUUGUGGCAUUUUGGAUGGAAGAAAAUGAGUGAUGAUUUGGUACACAAUAUAAAGAUGUCAAAUCCUGGUGUUGAUGUAAUUAUAGAUGAUUUGCACGUACAGCAGAUGGUUUUAUAUGAACUGGAUCAUGUGCUUAGGUCAUCUACACCUUCAAAAUCUGUUGUUGAUUUUCAUUUGCCCAAACCUACAGAGGAGACUGUUGCUAUGUUAAGAAAUAGACUUUUUUUAGAAGAGACAACGUACGAUAAGGACAUUUUGAAAGCUACUCACCAACAGAUGUUGUCGUCUCUAAAUGAUGAGCAGCUGAACAUCUACAAUGUUGUUCAAUCUGCAGAAGCUAAAAGCCAACAGAUGCUGCUUUUCGUUUAUGGCCAUGGAGGGACUGGUAAAACUUUCCUGUGGACAACAAUACUAGCUUAUUUCCGUUCAAGAGGAAAAAUAGCUCUUGCUGUUGCUGCUUCUGGUAUAGCAUCUCUGCUUCUUCCAUCAGGAAGAACUGCUCAUUCCAGGUUCAAAAUCCCAAUUGACUUUACUGAUAAUGUCGCAUGCAAUAUUACAAAAAAGACAAUGCUUGCUGAGUUGUUGAAGGUAACUUCCAUCAUUAUAUGGGAUGAGGCUCCCAUGAGUGACAAACAUUGUUUUGAGUGUUUGGACCAUUCUUUGAGAGAUAUCCUUGAAUGUGAAAGUAAAGUCUUUGGUGGUAUGUCGAUGUUAUUAGGAGGAGACUUUCGUCAGACAUUACCUGUGUCGCCAAAGACCACACCCUCUGAAAUUAUCUCCCUUACGCUGCCAAACUCGUACUUAUGGCCAUAUUUCAGUUUGUAUAAAUUGACAGAUAAUAUGCGGCUUAAAAACCUGUCCACCUCAUCUGAUAGUCAUUUAGGUAUCUCAAAGUUUGCAUCCUGGUUACUUCAAAUUGGGGAUGGACUCAUUGGUGAAAUUGAUGCAUGCGAUAAGACAAAUACCAAAUGGGUUGAGAUUCCUAUGUCACUGAUCAUACCUCCAACAAAAAACGCAUUACACAGCCUUAUAGACUUUGUUUAUGGAGAUGAUAUUCUGAAAAAAUCCUCUGCUUCGACUCUGUCUGCUAGAGCAAUAGUUUGUCCAAAAAAUGAAACAAUCCAAAAAAUAAAUGAUAUAGUUUUGCAGAGAAGUCCUGGUGAUUCAAAGAUGUAUGAAAGUGCUGACAGUAUUGAGUUCAAUGGGAACCAAAGUACAGAGUUUAAUACUUUCUAUCCAUUAGAGUAUUUGAAUGCCUUGACCUUCCCUUCCAUACCUGUGCAUUCACUGUUAUUGAAAAUCAACACUCCUGUUAUGCUGAUUCGGAACAUAAACCAAAAAGAAGAAAUGAUGUUUAUAUUAUUUGUUGACUACCAUUCCAGACAUGUCUCAAAUAACAACAACAAUCUCAGAAUUGCAUUAUGGGUGUCCGAGAACAGUGAUACAGGUAGAAUCUUGCGUAUGUGGACACCACAGAUUAGAAAUCAUGAGACAUGGUUCUUGGCUGUUGACAAAAAUGUAAAUUCUGGACAAAGAAAAGAUCAAAGCUUUCUACAAUCCGUUCUCAUUCCUUCUAGAUGCUACACAAUUGAGAAGUACGGAUGUGGAGUACCGGAUCGUUAUCAAAAGUGGAUCAAUAAUGAAUUCUACAUGGCUGUUGGGACAGUAUCCUCUAUUACACCUCUUCCAGACACUGCCAUUAUUCCAAAACAUUGGUUUUCUUUUGUUUCCAAAACACAGAUACCAGAUUACAAAGAUCAACAUGCAGAUUUUGUUGGCUUCUUCAGCAAGCUUAUCAACUGCACGAAAAAAGAUAGUGAACCAUACCUGUUGUUGAUACUAAAAAAUGAUUCCGGUGAAGACAUUGCAAUAAGUUUAUGGAAGGAAUUCACCAGUGUGUCUUCAAAGUUUGAUCGUGUUGUUCUCGAAAAUGCUCCUGCACCUGUCAUAGUCGCCAUAACCAGCAUAAAGAUCUCUACUUACGCAGGAGCACUACGACUUGGAACAAGUAGUGCUACUCAUCUAUACAUCAACCCACCAAUUCCAGAAAUGAAACUACUAAUGGACAGUUACAAUACAUUACCUGAGGUACCUGUUUUUUUAGAUCCUCCAAUACAAUUGUCGAAAAUACUCGACAAAAGUCAUUCUGAUCUUUCGGUAUGUUACACCUACAUGUAUACUCUUGGUACCAUGUUCAAUGUCCGAAAUGCAAAAAUACAACUUUCAAACAAGGGAAAAACUGGUUUUGUCCAUCAGAUGGAAUACUUGAGUCUCCAUGUAGCACUUAUUAAAGAUGAAAGUCAUUCCAUGACUGUUGUGCUGUCUGAUAAUGCAACACAGGAAUUACUAGGCACAACAGCAGAUAACCUCAGAUCAGACAACAACACAGAUGACAGAAAGGAAGUACCACCAAUUGCUAUCUCUUUACUAGGAACUCCAAGAAAAAUGAAAAUUCGCAUGACAAAUACAUCAAAGGACAACAACAUUCGAUUCAUUGUUACAAAUAUCGAAAAAAUGCCUUCUGAAGUACCACCUUCCAUGACAACACCACCUCCUGAUCGUCCAACUUCUUCAAAAAAUACUAAUGAAGAAAGUGCUCAGAACUACCAACAGAGUAAACAAAAUGUUAGAAGAUCACUUCCGUUUGAAAAUCCAGUUACUACAAAACGAAAAGCCGCCCGUAAAAUGGAAUAG